CGCCCGCCCAACCUGUAAACCGCGGCCGAAACCCCCAAACCCAAACGCUUGUCAUUCUCGUCGCUAGCCAGCUGAUCCGCGCAUUUCUAAAUGCAUUUUUAAUUUCUCUCGUUUUUGUUUUAAUCCACACUACAAUUACCAACAUAGUGCAAACCUGUGAGAAACUGUGACAACCGAAAUCCGACGCGAAAACUGUCUCAUCACAAUUCGCCGCCGUCUGCAGAGCUCGCGCAAUUCUGAAGUUCAACGAUGAUGACUCAAUGUGUUCGCCCGCUAUAGACACAUGAAUCAACGCAAACGCACGCAUACGCUUCGAAAAUUCAUUGUUGACUCCGUCUCGCGACCGCCAACGGACUAAAAUGUAUCGCAAUCGCAAUCAGGACGACUUCGCGAUCAACAGAUGCCAGGAAGACGUUCAAGAACAGUACAUAAAUGAAGAGGAGGAGGAUGAGGAAGAAGAAGAAGAGGACGAGGAUGAGACGACCAAGAUUAUUCCACCAGAUGUGGACGACACGAAGGAUUGCUUGAAGUCUCGACACAUCCUGGGUAUCCUCGGCUUUCUUGGUUUUGCGAAUGUGUACGCAAUGCGCGUGAAUUUAUCGGUGGCGAUUGUUGCAAUGGUUAACAACACGGCGUUUCCACCGCCGAAUGUCACCUCGCAUGAUAUUUGCCCUGUUCCCAAUAUGACCAACAGUACAAUUCCAGUAGACAAAGACGGUGAGUUCGCCUGGGAUGAAGCAACGCAAGGAAUUGUCCUGGGUUCCUUUUUCUAUGGUUAUGUCCUGACGCAAGUACCCGGCGGACGUUUCGCAGAGCUUUUCGGUGGAAAAAAAGUGUUUGGUUUAGGUGUAUUAAUCACUGCGUUGUUUACACUGCUGAGUCCGAUUGCAGCGCGGACAAAUUUCCCGCUUUUUAUCAUCGUACGUAUCCUGGAGGGUAUGGGUGAAGGGGUGACUUUCCCGGCGAUGCACGCUAUGCUAGCGCGAUGGAUUCCGCCGCUGGAAAGAAGCAAAUUCGCUGCUUACGUCUACGCAGGUGCUAAUUUUGGCACGGUGGUCUCACUACCCAUCUCCGGUUAUCUCUGCUCGCUGGAUUUCAUGGGUGGAUGGCCGCUUGCGUUUUACAUAUUUGGCGUGCUGGGUAUAAUUUGGUUUGUCUUUUGGUUGCUGCUUGUGUAUGAUACGCCGACGAUGCAUCCGCGCAUCUGCCGGCAGGAGCAGGCGUUUAUUGUCGCCAGUAUUGGUCCGCAUGACGAGGACGAGGAGAACAACACUAUACCAUGGCUGAAGAUGGCGACGUGCCUGCCGCUGUGGGCGAUUUUAGUCACGCAGUGCGGGCAGUCCUGGGCGUUCUACACCCAGCUUACUGAAUUACCCACGUAUAUGGCGAAGAUAUUACAUUUUAAUAUUGAACAGUUAGCUUUAUGGUCAUCAGUCCCGUAUUUAACAAGCUGGUGGCUUGGUAUCUUGACGAGCAUCUUCGCGGACUGGUUAUUGAGCAAGGGAUACCUAUCAUUAUCAACAUCGUAUAAAAUAUUCAACUCAAUAAGCUCAAUCAUUCCUUCCCUGGGUUUAUUGGGCGUCGCAUGGCUUGGAUGUGACAGUAUCGGCGUGCAGGUGAUGUUAGGUCUGCCGGGUGCCUUUGCCGGCGCAGUAUACGCCGGCAAUCAGAUGAAUCACAUCGCGUUGAGCCCGCGAUUCGCUGGCACAAUGUACGGAAUCACGAACGCUGCCGCCAACAUGUGUGGUUUUAUCGCGCCCUAUGUAAUAGGUACAAUUAUUCAAGGCCAGGAAACUCUUGGACAAUGGCGCUUGGUGUUCUACCUGGCGGCGGGCAUCAACAUCGGCACGAACCUCUUCUACGUGGCAUUCGCAAGCGCCAGGGAGCAGCCGUGGUCGCGGUCGCGCCGUCUAAGUAACAUCAAUUGACAUGCGCUGUACCUGACGCUCCUGGUCGACCUCUAGCCGGAGGCAUCACUAGCGUAAUUUCAAUCGGCCCGCACACAAGGUAAAGUGUGUCCGCUGUAUAUAAACAAAUGUUAUUGCAACACAUAGUAUAUUUACACGAAGUGAACCAAGCGCACGGCGCUGCGGGGUGGACGAGAUGGAAAAGAUAUUUAUAUAUAUACAUAUAGAUAUAUUCAUAUAUAUUUUGCUUCGAACUGUGAUGAACGAAUUUCGAUACAAGUAUUUAUAAGAUGCCGUUGACGAGGUGCUUGACCACAAAACAUAGUUUAAUUAUUUUCUAAGUUGGAUAUAUUGAUACGAAGCGCCGGCGGUGGUGUCGGUCGGUAUGAUCAAUAAAAUUAUCAUUGUGUUUAAUUACAA